AUGUGGGUAAAUAUUAAUAGUACAUUCAAGAACAGUGGUGGGCCUAACGGACCCGAGUUGCUCGAUUACCCAUGUCCAGACUCGCACGAAUUUAGAGAAGAUCAAUGCGCUGCCUAUAACACAAUUCCACUAAAUGGGUUGCUCUACGAGUGGGUACCGCAUUAUACCGACGAUGGACCUUGUGCUUUAACUUGUAAGGGAAAACCAAUCGAUCAAGAAGAAACUGAUGAUGACUUUGUUAUGAUAGUCGAAACUUUAUCGAAGAGAGUACGAGAUGGUACCAGAUGUCGACCGGGUAGUUUAGAUAUGUGCAUUGACGGAAAAUGUCAGAGAGUUGGAUGUGAUCUACAAAUUGGAUCGGAUAAACAAGUAGAUGCCUGCGGUGUAUGUGGAGGUGAUGGAUCGUCAUGUUCCAAACCACUAUACUACUGGACAUUAACAUAUACAUCAUUAUGCUCAGCUACUUGUGGAGGAGAGUCAGAUAGUGAUCCAUAUGUUACAGAUGGAGAAUCUGAUUUUAUUCCGAGUGAAUAUGAAAAAGAUAACGAAAGCGAUAAUUCCAUAAUAUCUGCCGAGGAAGCAACUACAAGCACACAUGUAACUCCUAAAACUACCCGAAAACGGAAGCGUAACGUACAGGAAUGGAAGAGGAAUAAAAUCACAAAUAAGAGGCUUGCUGGCCAAGAAUAUGAAAGCAGAGGAAAAAUGAAGAGAAAGAAAUGUGUACAGGAGUAUGUGCAUACAUGUAGGUACCAAUGUGGAAUAUUUAACGAGGAUAAAUGA